CCCCGGCGCCCGCCCCGCCCGCCCCGCCCGCCCCGCGCUGCGCCCGGACCCGCGCCCGCGCCUCCGCCGGCCCCUGCGCCGAAGAUGAAGGUGUGGCUGCUGCUGGCGCUCCUGCUGGUGCUCCAGGCGCUGGAGGAUGUUGCCGGCCAACACCCUCCCAAGAACAAGCGUCCGAAGGAGCCAGGAGAGAACAGAAUCAAGCCCGCCAACAAGAAGGUGAAGCCCAAGAUCCCCAAGACGAAGGACAGGGACUCGGCCGAUGACCCGGCGCCCAAGAACCAGUCUAUCAUGGUGCAGAUGACGGAGAAGGGGCGCUUCCAGAAGCCGGCCGCCACCCUGAGCCUGGCGGCGGGGCAGACCCUGGAGCUGCGGUGUAAGGGGAGUAAGAUCGGAUGGAGCUACCCCGCCUACCUGGACACCUUCAAGGACUCCCGCCUCAGUGUGAAGCAGCACGAGCGCUAUGGCCAGCUGACCCUGGUCAACUCCACCGCGGCCGACACGGGCGAGUUCAGCUGCUGGGGGCAGCUCUGCACCGGCUACGUCUGCACGAAGGACGAGACCCGAACCGGCUCCACCUACAUCUUUUUCACGGAGAAAGGAGAACUCUUUGUGCCUUCUCCCAGUUACUUUGAUGUUGUCUACCUGAACCCGGACAGACAGGCCGUGGUUCCUUGUCGAGUGACCGUCCCGUCAGCCAAAGUCACGCUCCACAGGGAGUUCCCGGCCAAGGAAAUCCCGGCCAAUGGAACAGACAUCGUUUAUGACAUGAAGAGAGGCUUUGUGUACCUGCAGCCUCAUUCUGACCACCAGGGGGUGGUCUACUGCAAGGCGGAGGCUGGGGGCAAGUCGCAGAUCUCUGUCAAGUAUCAGCUCCUCUACGCAGAAGUUCCCAGCGGCCCUCCAUCCACAACCAUCCUGGCAUCUUCAAAUAGAGUGAACAGCGGGGACGACCUCAGUGUCCUCUGCACUGUCCUCGGGGAGCCUGACGUCGAGGUGGAGUUCAGGUGGAUCUACCCAGGCCAGAAGGACGAAAGGCCGGUGACCAUCCAGGACACCUGGAGGCUGAUCCACAGGGGCCUGGGCCACACCACCAGGAUCUCGCAGAGCGUCCUGACGGUGGAGGACUUGGAGACCAUCGACGCGGGCUAUUACAUCUGCACGGCCCAGAACCCCCAAGGACAGACCACAGUAGCCGCCGCCGUGGCGUUCUCCUGACUUGGAAAACCAAGUGCCAUGGACUGACGGGCAGCCCACGUGUGCACACCACCAGCGCCAAACCCCGGUCCCCGCCUUGUGAGUAAGACCCAGACAUCCACACACACAGGAAGUCGUCCGGUCCGAUAACAGACCUGUUCACUCCUCGGACAGAAAGCAUGUCUUUCGAUUGCUUACCUACUUGCGUACGGUAUAUGCACUUCUGGUUUUUACACUCAGAGGGCAUAUAUGUGAACAGCUUUAUGUAAUCGUCUCUAUUAAACGAGCAAGUUUUUGUAAAAUAAA